UUACUUAAAGGCUUUGAAUAUCUAGAGAGAGAAGGCAGGGGAGAGAGAGUUAAGAGUUUCAGAGUUUCAGUGAAGGAAGAGAUCUAGAUCUGUGCAACUCUGAACUUCAACUGAAGGCAGAAGCUUCACUACGCUCCAAAAAUGGCUUCCAAGCUGUUAAUGAUCAUUGUCUUUGUGUUUGAUCUCAUAGCUUUUGGUUUGGCUAUAGCUGCUGAGCAGAGGCGAAGCACAGCCAAGAUUCAAAAGGAUACUGAAGACACUUACAACUACUGUGUUUAUGACUCAGACAUUGCAACUGGUUUUGGUGUCGGUGCCUUCUUAUUCCUCAUGGCUAGCCAAAUUCUUAUAAUGGUGGCGAGCCGCUGCUUCUGCUGUGGAAGGGCUUUGAGCCCUGGAGGCUCUCGAGCUUGUGCAGUUCUCCUGUUUAUAAUCUGCUGGGUCACAUUUUUCAUAGCCGAGGUAUGCUUGCUGGCUGGUUCUGUGAGGAAUGCUUAUCACACAAAGUACAGAUCAUCGUUCUUAAUGAAUGACAAGCCACUUUCCUGUGAAACAUUGAGGAAGGGAGUCUUUGCAGCUGGAGCAGCUUUCAUUUUGUUCACAGGCAUAAUCUCCGAGUUCUAUUAUGCUUCCUAUUCCAAGGCCAGGGGUACCCCGGGGCAAUACACUGGAGCUGCUGACAUCGGCAUGUCAGCAUAUAAAUGAGGUCAGCUUAUAAUUUCCUCGACGAGAUUGCUGUGAAUGCCUGAAUUUUCACUUUCGAGACCCUUAGUUGCAUCUGAAUUCCAAGUAUAGGAGUCUAGUUUUAGUUGGAGAUUGAGAAUUUGCUGUUGUCAUGAUGCUGUUUCAGUCUUUGAUUCUUUUGUGCCAAAACUUGAACUUUCCUAGUAUGUUAUGCUCAUUGUAUAUUUAUAUUUAUAUUUAUAUUAUGUAAUACAAGUCUGUUAUUUAUGCUUCUUUGGGACAAUAUAUGCCAAGUAUUAUA